GAGCUUCCGCAGAUAGAGGACGAGGACGACGAGGAGGACAGCAGGACGGCCAUCCCACCGAAAACGGUAGAGGAAAAGCGGGAAACUUCGAAACGAUUUUGCCUUUAUACUAGUUGCAAAUUGCAAUGGGGCCUGGUGGUUCAAAGUUCAAACUCCACAACAAACCCUCCUCCUUAUAAGCCACCGCUGCUUCAGCCUGCUCGCGCGCCGACGCAGGGGAACUCUGUUUCUGAACAGCAGCCGCAGAGGACGAUGGCUAUGGCUGCGGCGUUGGCGGGCAUGGCAAUGGAUGAGGUUAGGGCUAGCGCGGCUUGGGUCGCCGCUCGCUCGUCUCACGUCACCGUCGAUUCUGAAGCGAUUGAAAGAGUUGCAGACAACAUGCACGACAAAAUUCCCAAGAUAGAAUGGGAUUUCGAAGGGAUUCACUAUUUUGACGACGGCCCUCUCACCGUUCAGUACCUCUUUGUCCUCGACGCCCUUAAUUUUUGCUUCUGGCCUGAUAAGGAUUUAAACUAUGAUGAUCUGGCUUCUGGGUUGAAGGCAGCUCUGGAGAAUGACAAAUCCGUAUUUGAUGCUGAUCGACUGCAAAAGUACACUGGUCCUGAAUUGCGCAAAUUGCUGAACUGGCCAAGGCCCCUUCCUUUGGAGGAUGAGCGGGUCCGUUUGCUGCAUGAGGUUGGAUAUGAACUGGAAAGAAGUUUCGGUGGUAAGGCUUCCAACCUGGUGAAGUCCUGUGAGAAAUCAGCUUCCAUGCUUGUUGCUACAAUUACCAGUCACUUUCCUGGCUUCAGAGACCAUUCGGUUUACAAAGGGCACCAAGUGUUCUUCUACAAAAGAGCUCAGAUAUUUACAGCGGAUCUGUUUGGUGCGUUCAAGGGCCAGGGAUAUGGAGAUUUCCAUGACAUAACCUCAAUAACUAUAUUUGCUGACUACAUAGUUCCUGCUGUUCUAAGGGAGCUUGGAGUUUUAAUUUAUCAUUCUAAGCUUGCUACCAUGAUUGACUCCGAAAGCGAGAUUGCUGCUGGAAGUGAAGAGGAAGUUGAGUUACGGGCCUGCUCCAUAUAUGCUGUCGAGAAGAUGAGAGACUUAAUUCGUCUCAAAUCCGGAAAGCAGGUGCUGACGGUGGAAUUGGAUCUGUGGCUGUGGGCUUAUGGCGUUCAACGCCCCUCUCUACAACACCACAGAACUCUCUCAAUAUACUACUGAUGAUAGCUAGCUUGGUGUCUUCUUAGUACCUAGAAUAGCACCUUCAUCGACUAAAAUUGGUAGAGGAAUAUGAAAGUUUUGUCUCUAGAGAGUACUUAGAAAAUGAGAUAUCUAACCCAUGAUAUCCCCUCAUCAUAUCUCCUCUCUCUUUUAAUCAACGGAAUCCUUCUAUUUUAUGCUGUUUAGUAACAUGAAACAUUCAGGUGAUAGCGUAUUAUC